CUGAAAAAAGUUGAAUGAUCAAUGAUAACAUUUGGUUUCUCCACGUCACUUCCUUCGUGCUUAAUUUUUUUUUCUUCGUUGAUUUCACCUUGACGAACUGGAGAUAUAAACUAGAGAUUUUGAGAGAGAAAUAUCAGUUUGUCGUUGAGGAAUGGUGCCGAAGAUGAAGCAUCUUCUUCACAAACUCAACAUGGGAAGAAAUAGUGACGUCAACGGCAGAUUAAGAGACCAUCAAAGAGCCUGUUGUCGCUGGCGGAUCUGUGAAGAAAAUGGCCGAGAUAGACUGCGUCUCGGAGUAGUGAGUGCUUGUCCGAUGGGUUCAGGAAUCACACAAUUCGCCUCCACCAACGGCCUUGACGUUUGGCUCAUGGACGCUGAUGGGAAUGCGCUCUCUCGAGCCACCACAGCUAUCUCCUCUUCCGUCAAUCGUUUCGUCUCCAAAGGCCUAAUGACCAAGGAAGUAGGUGAUGAUGCUAUGCGUCGUCUAUGAUUAACAUCCAACCUCCAAGAUUGUGUUAUGCUGAUAUAAUCCGGGAACGUAUUGUGUUUUAUGGUUCAUUCUCAACGUCGAGUUAUUUUACUUUGUUUACUUUAUUGUUGGUUGUUGCUGAAAAAGUCUACCUAAAAAAGUUAUUUGGAGCGUCCUUUGUUUAAUGAGUUCUAAUGAAGAUUCAGCCUUGAACAAGAAAGUGUUUCCUAAUAUCUGAGCAAGUGUUACAAGACUUGUCUGAAAUGUUUUUCUUCUUUCACUGUGAUGCUUCUGUCAUCUUACAUGUAUCACGUGUUUCUUAUAGUCAAGUAAAGAUAUAUUCUGACA